AUGGCAGUGAGGCUAACACCUGUUCUGGUUCCAGCUUCAGCUCAGUUUAAACAGUUUGCCUUGGUUUCAAGGAAAACCCAGUUCAGGGUCUCUACUGCUGCAACAAUGGCUACAGGUGGACCCCAGAGUAGUAGUAAAGUCAUUGACUCACAUCUCCAUGUUUGGGCUUCUCCUCAGGAGGCUGCUGAUAAAUAUCCUUACUUUCCUGGGCAAGAACCCACUUUGCCUGGAGAUGUUGAUUUAUUGCUCAAGUCUAUGGAAGAAGCAGGUGUUGACGGUGCACUUAUUGUGCAGCCUAUCAAUCACAAAUUCGAUCAUUCUUUGGUGACAAGUGUGUUGAAGAAGUAUCCAUCUAAAUUUGUUGGUUGUUGCCUUGCAAAUCCAGCUGAAGAUGGAACUGGAGUUAAGGAGCUUGAAAAUCUCAUUUUAAAGGAUAACUAUCGUGCUGUUCGCUUCAAUCCAUAUUUAUGGCCUUCAGGUCAAAAGAUGACCAACGAAGUGGGAAAGGCAAUGUUUUCUAAGGCAGGAGAACUUGGAGCACCAGUUGGUUUUAUGUGUAUGAAGGGACUCGGUCUGCAUAUAUCCGAAAUUGAGGAGCUGUGCACAGAGUUUCCAUCAACAGUUGUAUUGCUCGAUCAUUUGGCCUUCUGUAAACCACCAAUAAAUGAUGAGGAAAAUCAGGCUUUCUCUGCACUCUUAAAGCUAUCCAGAUUUCCACAGGUCUAUGUAAAAUUAAGUGCCCUUUUCAGGGUGUCAAGAAAGCCAUUUCCGUAUGACGAUAUAGCUCAUACACUGUCCCAAGUUGUGUCAAGUUUUGGUGCCAACCGUGUCAUGUGGGGCAGUGAUUUUCCAUUUGUUGUUGCCGAGUGUGGUUAUAAAGGAGCCAAAGAAGCCGUUUCUCUGAUUGCCAGUCAAAUACCUCUAUCAUCUUCAGAGCUGGACUGGAUCAUGGGAAGAACAAUCUCACAACUCUUUCAGAAUCAGUGGCUUUCAUAAGCAAGGGUAGAUACCCGGCAAUGUAGAUUUUCAUAAU